ACCCAUCUCCAACUCUUGGACAGCAAAUAGUUUCCAUAGUAUAUUAAUGUUGUGGAGAGCAGCAAACGUCACAUUUAAUUCUAAAACGCGCGGGCAGAUUAUCUGGCGGCAGGGAUUCAAAAUUGAAUUCACAUUAAAUUCGAUCAGUCACUUCACCCUGGAGAGUUAAAAGAAUCGCAACGGAAAGCAAAACAGGAAACGGAAAUUAACUCUUCAAAAAUUGUGGGGGCAACCGACGUUCCGCAUUUCUUGGCUGUCUUCUGCUAUAAAUAUAAGCAUUUUCAACACCAGAUAUCCAAAAGGGCGAAGAUCAUCAUCAUCAUAAUCGAACAGGUGAGAAAGUAGAAAUGAGCGGAAAGGAACGGCCUGUGGCGCGGGAAGAUGAAGAAUGUGAAGAGAGCUAUGCAUCAUCAUCUUCCGAUGAAGAUAGCGAAGAGAGCUAUUCAUCAUCAUGUUCUGAUGAAGAAAGUGAAGACAGUUAUUUAUCACCAUCUUCUGAUGAAGACGAGGGUAGGGAAAAUUCAGCUAGGAGAAGUCCCAAAGAACGUUUUCAAUCUUUGCAAGCAUCUCUGAAAUGUGCUGAUUACUGUAAGCAGUGUGAUGGCACGAAAGCGGACUUGGUUAAAGCGAAAAGAGAUAAUAAGAAAUUGGCUGAAAGAAACAAAAAAUUAGAGGAGGAGCUCAAAAGGGCUAAAGAACGAGAAGAAUCUAGCAAAAAAAUAAAGGAGGAGCUCAAGAGAGCUAAAGAACGAGAAGAUAAGGCUGGCGAGGUUAAUGACUUGUUGAACUGUACAAUUUGCUUCCAACCAUGGACUCAAUCAGGAGAACAUAAUUUCUGCUCUCUUUCUUGUGGCCAUUUCUUUGGAAGAUCAUGCAUAACAAAAUGGAUUUCAAGAAAUGGAAGUUGUGGUCCCUCCACUAUUUAUGAUGGGGUGAUGAAGCUUGCACAGGCAGAUUAGUCAAUUAUAUUGAUAUACUUUACCAAAAAAAUUGUAAUAUUAUCUAUGUUCAGGAAACCGGUGUUUUUUUAUAUCUAACUAUAUUUAGUUUAAAUUUUGAAAAUCUUGUAAAUUGAUCAUUGGGGACUUUGAAAGAUAUAAUUUUGAAUUAUUCGGGAAAUUGUUCUAAUUUUAGUAGCAAA